GGGUGAUCCACUUUUACCAUAACGCGUCUGUUCACUCUCUGCUACCGAACCCUUUCCACUUCUGCCAUCGCUUCUGUCGCCAACUAAUUAGCUUUACGCCUGAUUUCCCUGUCAUAGCACGUCUUGCGCGCCUUGGAUCUGCACAUUACAGCUAGCCCAGCCGCCGUCUAACCACCGUCCAUCAGGCCCAUACCUUUUCUGCCUGCGCUACACUCCCGUCGCAACCCCCACCAUGGCCCGCAAACGCAAAGCUACCCAUGGCCAUGCAGCCCACCCACAUGGCUCAAAAGCCCCCGUCUCCAAGAAGCAAAAAGUCGAUUGGUCUGCCAUUGAGGAUUUCAAAGGCUUCACCAUCACGGCUGCCAACAUCAAGCCUCACAAGAAGUCCGUUGCUGCCGCUAGCAAGAACAACAAGACGGGCGCAGAGGUCAAAAUCCCAAAGUAUCCGGGUCAAGAUGCGCCCUUGGAUGCCAGCGUCAUACAGCAGAAUCCUUUUCCUGAAGCUAAGCUCAGCACCGUUCACGUCAAAAUCUCGCCUGCGCUGCACUGGGAGAGUACCACUCGCUACCGAAAGUUCACCAUCAACAGCGAAGAGUUCCAAGUAAAUCAACUAGUCUUUGUCAAAAGCAGCGAAGAUUCAGAUGGCGCCAACCCGCCUAAUUCCGUAGAGGGCUGGCUAGCCAAAAUCUUGGAGAUCCGCGCCGGCGAUUCCUCUCACGUAUUCCUCAGAGUCUUUUGGGCAUAUCGGCCAGAAGACCUACCCGGCGGCCGCCAGCCCCACCAUGGCGCCAGCGAAAUCAUUGUCAGCAAUCACAUGGACAUUAUCGAACCUCUGACUGUCCAGUCUCUUGCCGACAUGGUGUACUGGAACGACGAUCCAGACAGCCUACCGCUGCCGGUAGACCAGUUGUUCUUUAGGCAGAGCUACGACAUCACCAAAAAGAGUAAUCCAUUCAGCGCACUUAACAAGUAUUGCAUCGACAAGCAACCAAUCAACCCUGACGAGCUUCUGGUCCAGUGUCCGCAUUGUUCAGACUGGCUCCAUGCCCGUUGUCUCGAGCAGCAAGCGAUCCGGGAUAUACGCGAGAAACACAAGAAGAGGGGCCGGCCCAAUAAGCGUGCAAAAGCAAACAGUGACGACUUGGCUGCGAAGCCUAGCCUUGACGCUAAACUGAGCGCCUUCGACACUGGCAAGACUCGCCUUACAAUUACAGAAAACUUCACAUCUGAGGAUAACACAAGACAAUGGAACGUUGAUAUAUUAUGUUUGGUGUGCGGCAAGGUCAUUGAGACGGCAGAAGAUGCAUUGAAGUCAGCUGAUUCUAGCGCCUCACAUGAUGUAGCCGAAGACACGGAAAGCGAAAACGUUACAGUUGCUACCACCGCCAAAGACGGCCCUCCACAGGACACGGUAAAGAGCGACCUUGAUGCUGCACCAACAGACCCAGCCAAGACGAAUGCGUCAAAAAAGAGAAGCCGUCCACCCGGAUCUACCAACCAAAAGAGGAAACGUAUAUCCACGAGCCCGGAAAGCAAGGCUAUUCUGCCCCAAGCCAAAUCUCUCAAGAUGAUGACUGCAGACGAAGAAGAAAACAGCGCGCCGGAUGCUGCUGUUUCCGCUACUACGAUGCAGGACUCACCAAAGCCGACGACGACAACCACUACUACUACCACUACGACAGCAACAUCAGUGUCUCCAGAUGCAACCAAGACAACUACGCCCGAGCCAGCGCCCAUGCACGAAACCGUAUUUCAAUCUGGCGUACUUUCCGUCCAACAAUUGCUUUGGGGAUCGUAAACUUCGCUAAGAUAAUGUACCUUUUUCUUCUUCUUCUUCUUCUUCUUCUUCUUCUUCUUCUUCUUCUUCUUCUUCAACCAACCCUACCUUUUUUCUUGUACUCACCAUUACAUGCUGUGGUAAAAAGGACUCGUUCCACUUUCUACCCCCCCUUUUUUUUGUAGACGUUGCUGGGAGGAAUUCUUUAUCGAAAAUGCAUCUCGAUUCGAGCGUGGGAGGAAAAUUUCUGCUUUUUUCUUCUUUCUUUCUUUUGGAUUUGGUUUGAGGAAAAUGGAUGAUAUUUGAAGGGAGGACAUUGAAUACUACAUACGUAGUGUACUAGAAUCGGGUACAGGAUGUGCCCUCUUUUUCCAUGAAGUACCAACACUGUUCUCCCCCUUUUCUCACACUUACACAUACUUACUCUCUCUCUCUUUUUAUAUCUUGUCGCCCAAAUCGUGAAAUUCUCUUCC